CUGAAGAGAACAAACACAGUCAUGGCACCUACAGUCAGUGCAGCGAUGAUCAACACUGAAGGACACAUUUCACUCACAAAUAAGCUGAGAAAGCCAGUAGUGGAGAAGAUCCGUAGAGAACGUAUCAACAGCAGCAUCGAGAAGCUCAAGUCUCUUCUGAGUGAAGAGUUCCUGAAGCAACAGCCCGACUCCAGACAGGAGAAAGCUGAAAUCCUGGAGAUGACGCUUGAUUUCUUGAGACGACAGCAGCAGAAGUCAAACAAUCUGUCCACCUGCUCUUCUACUGCUAGUGAGGGUUACUCCAGAUGUGUUCAGGAGAGCGUCAACUUUCUGUCUCAGUGUCAAGUGCAGACUCAGUCCCACAGAAGACUGCUGAAGCUCUUCCUCAACAUGCAGCCGUCCACAGAGAAGAAUUCACCAGCCUGUCAGACCAACAGCACAGAGAAAACUACAGCCUGCUGUCAACUCUGGAGACCCUGGUAGCCACAAGGACACUUUAAGAUUUAUCAAACAGAAUUCAAGAUGUCACUCUGAGAUUGACAUGUGCUGUAAUUCUAAUGUAGGAAUUUAUUUCCACCUCUGCUGCAUUGGCAGAAUGUUUACAUACUUUUGAGAAAGUAUGCUUUAUUGAAACCGUGUAUGAACAUUUGUACAAACGUUCAGAAUCAUUUGCUAUGUAAAUGAUUAUUACCUUCAUGGAAAAUAUGGAUCCAGUGUUCGGUCAUAGAAAAGUUACAGUCUGAUUUAGACAUUUGAGCUUUAUCAAGCAUUUCACCCAUAUUGGGUUUAAACUGCUUUUACUUAUUUAAAGCAUUUGGUUUAUAUUUCUAUUCUCUGAAAUGCAUGCUAUUCUCACGUUAUAGGAGAUAUGUUUCUUUAAUGCAAGAUGUUAAAUUGUGCAUAAAAUGUACAAAUAUCGCGGAUUUCAUGUGUUGACAUGAAUUGGACUUUUCCCCUUUAGAGGGCAGUAAUGUAAAAUCAUCACUUGUAGUGAUUUGGAUUUUUCUUUGAAUGGAAUCAGAUUUACCUUUAGUGAAGGUGCAUUGUAUAUUAAAUGUCUAUGACACUUUAAAUUUUGCCAGUUUGAAGGUGCAAAUAUUAUUACAUGAAUUCUUCAUGGUUGUGGAAACAUGGAGUAAGUCACUUUUAACUGAUCUCUUUGAUGUUUGCUGAGCAAAUAUGAUCAUUAUUUCACUCAUAUGUGAAGAACAACA